UGAUGUAUAGAGAAUUGUAGCUAGAUUCCAUCAACAGCUUAAACUUUGGUCCCUCAGCUAGGAAGUCGCUAGUAGUUCCCUGUGCAAGCAACCUACUCUCACUGCGUGCCCGUCUCCUUAACCAUCCCCGAAAACAUGGCCGAGCUCCCACUCUACUCGGGCCUCGAGCACUUCCGCGUCACGGGCCCGGCCCCUUUCGUCGCCCACGUCGAGAUUCACCGCCCGACCAAGCUCAACGCCUUCCACGAGGCCAUGUGGCUCGAGCUGGGCCGCGCCUUCCGCCAGCUUUCCGUCGACCCGGACGUCCGCGCCGUCGUCCUCUCCGGCGCCGGCGACCGCGCCUUCACUACGGGCCUCGACGUCCAGGCCGCCAGCCAGGGCGACACCCUGAGCGGCGGGGGCGCCGCCGACGGGGCGCGCAGGGCCGCACACAUCCGGCGGCACAUUGUCGAGUUCCAGGAGAGCGUGGGCGCGGUUGAGAAAUGCGAGAAACCCGUUAUCUGCGUCAUGCACGGCAUCUCCUACGGUCUCGCCAUCGACCUCUCCUGCUGCGCGGAUGUGAGGAUAUGCGCAAAGGACACCCGGUUCGCGGUCAAGGAGGUCGAUAUCGGCCUAGCCGCCGACAUUGGCACCCUGGCUAGGCUGCCAAAGGCGGUAGGGAGCACCUCGUGGGUCAAGGACGUCUGCCUCUCGGCACGCGAAUUCGGCGCGGACGAGGCGCUCGCCGUGGGGUUCAUCAGCCAGGUCCACGAGUCCAAACCUGCCGCCUUGGACGCGGCGCUCAAGUUGGCUGGCCUGAUCGCGUCUAAGAGCCCAGUGGCUGUGCAGGGCACCAAGGAGCUCCUGAACCACGGGCGCGAUCACUCUGUCGAGCAGAGUCUGCGAUAUACUGCUAUCUGGAACUCUGCGGCCCUGCAAUCCGACGACAUGCAGGCAGCACUCCUUUCCGGCCUGAAGAAGACAAAGCCUAGGUUCGAGAAGCUGUGAAACUCGUCUUGUAGCCGGGGGUUUUGCUUGGAUAGUUUUGGGGUUCGCCAGCCCAUUCGUCUGUACCCAGUGUUCUCUAUAGAUAAUCGUGAUACCCAAUCCUGCGGGCCAUCCGCCAUAACAGACCAUAUUCGGAAGG